AUGUCAGCUUCUUAUGUAGUCUUUGACUCUUUGACAAGCCGUUCCGCAAAUGCGGCAGGAGGCAGGGGUUUGAAGGUGUCCGCCAAGUCGCGAAAAAGUCGUGGAGUCAGGAAUUUGCUGCUUGAGAUCUACGGAAAGUAUCGAGUCGGCCAUGAAGCCAAGCUCAAAGAGGUUGAGAACUUGGCAGCAGUCCUGGAGCCCUUCUCGGAAGUAUUGACGGUUGCCAGCUACGAUACGGCUGAAAAUCAUCUUCCUCGAGAAGAGUUCGAUCGUGACAAGUAUGCUUCGCACACUGAGUGGUAUUGGAUACCAGUGAGUGGUUCACCCGCAAAGCUGGUCAAGCCUAAAAGGGAUGCGCCAAUGAAGAAGGUGCUGAACUUCGUCAGUUCUCAAGCACCAGAGCUCCAGCUCUCAGUGACGGAUCUGAUGGUGAAAUGGGAAGCAGCCAUGAAGGAGAAUCCACCACCAGAGCCGGCCAAAGCAGGUGCCUUGGGUGAUGUGAAUUUCGAUGAUUUGCCGCCAGCAACAGAGGUGCUCACUGGCGAGGAACAGAUGGAAGAGUCAAAGAAGGAUGAGUUUUGA